AUGGUGUCUCAAAUGCCUGGAAUUAUAGCUUACAUGACAAUACAUUUACAAAAAAACUUGGUUUAAUUGUAAAAUUAUAGUUUUUCAGAAUAGGAUUUAAUUUUAUAGAAAUGGAUUUUUUCUUAUUUUCAUUCUGAUAGAUUUAGAAAUAUUAAAGUUUAUUCAUAAUUUAUUCUUCCAAAUUAUAUAUUGAAAAACUUUCUUAAUAAAAAAAACUAAAGUUUUUCUAUAUUUGAAUGA